AUGUGCAUUUCCAACCGUUUUCCAAAGCACUGUGAAUUCCAACCAUCUCCCAACCACAUGCAUCUCGAAUCUUCAUCACUUGCACGCGAGUUUCCAACCAUCUUCCAACGAUAUAGCCCCAAAACCCCAACUUCUUUCCAACGUCCUUUAAACCCGCUACCUCCGUACAGUUUGCGAUUUAUUAUGGAACUGCCUGGUUCUCAUAGAAAGUCACGUCACACGCCGUUGACAGCCGAGGCCGCUGUGACAAAGCUACUUGAAACCUCAAAACUCAUUUGUUCCCGGAAAGGGGUGAAGCAAAGGGAGGGAACGCGGAUUCAAGAAGCUCAAGUUCGUGGCGAGUUUGUCAUCAAAGGCAAUCUCGAAGACUGA